GAAAGACUCCAAAACCGUAGAUCACAACCUGCCACCGGCGCAAAACAAAUCCAAAACCGUCGAUCACAACCUGCCUCCCAAGAAAAAAUAAUACGUGCCAGUACUAGUAGUUAAAUGUCUUCACUCAUCUUCGUCAUCAUGCUGAAUCUAGCUUUGCCAUCAAAAACGAAAUUCACAGAGAGAAUAUCUAUAAUACGUACAGAUUUAGAUACAGAAUCAUAUACAUUUAGUCGUGUAUGCAUACACAAAUAUACAGGAGACAAUUCGAGACAUUCAUUUGCGGAUUUUAACAACGAGAUAUAAGAUCGUUCGGUUGAUUCCAUGGCUGAUACAACGCAUCACUUACGGAUCUGCGUUUUUCUUCUUCUGUCAAUCCAUGGAUGCUCCUUCUACCUCCCUGGUGUCGCUCCACAGGAUUUUUACAAGGGGGAUAUCCUGAAGGUAAAAGUAAACAAACUGUCUUCCACAAAAACCCAACUCCCUUAUCUUUACUAUUCCAUCCCUUAUUGUCGUCCCCAACAAAUAGUUGAUAGUGCAGAGAAUUUAGGGGAAGUUCUUCGUGGUGAUCGCAUAGAAAAUUCCCCUUAUGAGUUCAAAAUGCGAGUUCCACGAAUGUGCAAUAUUGUGUGUCGCAUAAUACCAAAUGAAAGAACAUCCAGAGAAUUCAAGGAAAAAAUAGACGAUGAGUAUCAAGUCAACAUGAUCUUGGAUAAUCUACCUCUGGUUGUUCCCAUAACAAAAUCAGAACAAGAACAGGACUCUCAUGUCCAAUAUCAUCAUGGAUAUUUUGUUGGCCACAAAGUAUGGUAUGCAGGAAUGAAGGAAGACAAGUAUUUAAUCAACAACCAUCUAACAUUCACAGUCAAGUUUCACAAAGAUCCAGAAUUCGAAUAUGCAAGAAUUGUUGGAUUUGAAGUUAAACCUUUCAGUGUUAAGCAUCAGUAUGAUGGUGAAUGGAGUGAUGAUACUCGCCUGACAACCUGCGACCCCCAUGCCAAAAAAUUGGUCGCCGGAGUUGAUCCACCACAAGAAAUUGAAGACAAAAACGAGAUCAUCUUCACUUACGAUGUUGAAUUUCAGGAGAGUGAUGUUAAAUGGGCAUCAAGAUGGGACACAUAUCUUCUAAUGCCGGAUGAUCAAAUCCACUGGUUUUCGAUCGUGAAUUCCCUCAUGAUCGUUCUUUUCUUAUCGGGAAUGGUGGCCAUGAUCAUGUUAAGAACGCUUUAUCGCGACAUCUCUAAUUACAACAAACAAGAAGAAGAAUCCAAAUUCGAACAAGAAACCGGAUGGAAGCUCCUCCACGGAGACGUUUUCCGGCCACCUGUAAACUCCGAUCUCCUCUGCGUCUACGUCGGAACCGGAGUUCAAUUCUCCGGUAUGAUUCUCGCCGCGAUGAUCUUCGCUCUCCUUGGGUUCCUCUCACCUUCAAACCGCGGCGGCCUCAUGACGGCCCUCCUCCUCCUCUGGGUCCUCAUGGCGGUCUUCGGCGGCUACGCCACCACUCGCCUCUACAAAUCAUUAAAAAAAUCAAACUGGAAAACAAUCACUCUCAAAACCGGUGUUAUGUUCCCGGGAAUCAUUUUCGUCAUGUUCUUCAUACUAAACGCCCUAAUUUGGGGGGAGAAAUCCUCCGGCGCCGUUCCCUUCUCCACGAUGUUCGCUUUGGUGUUGUUAUGGUUUUGCAUCUCCGUGCCACUGGUGUUCGCCGGCGGUUACAUCGGUUUCAGAAAACCGGCGAUCGAAAAUCCGGUGAAAACGAAUAAAAUCCCCCGGCAAAUCCCUGAACAACCCUGGUAUAUGAGAUCCGCUUUUUCGAUUCUCAUUGGUGGUGUUCUUCCAUUUGGGGCGGUUUUCAUCGAGCUUUUUUUCAUUUUGACCUCGAUCUGGUUACAUCAAUUUUAUUAUAUUUUUGGUUUUCUUUUUAUUGUUUUGAUUAUUUUGUUGGUGACGUGUGCUGAGGUGACGAUCGUGCUGUGUUAUUUCCAGCUGUGUAGUGAAGAUUAUGAAUGGUGGUGGAGGUCGUAUCUGACGUCAGGUUCGUCGGGCAUUUAUCUUUUUAUAUAUUCGAUUAUGUAUUUUUUUACGAAGCUUAAUAUUACCAAGGGUGUUUCGGGUAUUUUGUAUUUUGGGUAUAUGUUGAUUGCGUCGUAUUGUUUUUUUGUUUUGACGGGUACGAUUGGUUUUGUUGCUUGUUUUUGGUUUACAAGAGUUAUUUACUCUUCGGUUAAGAUUGAUUAGUCUUGAGCUUUAAUGUUGUACUUGUAUUAUUAUUAUUAUUAUUUGGACUUAUAGAAUUAUUAUUA